CAGGCGGAAGCGCGGCGACGGGCGGGCGUUGGCGUUUAAAGGCUUGGAGGCGGUAAAAGGGCGGUGUGUGGCGGUAGGGCUGGUGCUGUUCCCGUUCCGUUCUCUCCUCUUCCUCUGGAACGACCGUGCUUCCCGGCUCCCGCAGCCCCCAGGUGCAGCGGGGAGAUGGUCUCCAGAGCUGCCGACCGGCUGCUCAUCGUCGUCUCCGUCCUGGAAGGGCGCUAUUUUCCAAAACGACCCAAGCACAUGCUUAUAGUUGAAGCAAAAUUUGAUGGUGAACAGUUGGCUACUGAUCCCAUAAAGCAUACCGAUCAGCCAGAGUUUGCUACAGAAUUGGCUUGGGAACUUGAUAGGAAAGCGCUUCAUCAGCACAGGCUGCAGCGAACACCUAUUAAACUCCAGUGUUUUGCAUUGGAUCCUGUAUCAUCAGCUAAAGAGAAUAUAGGCUAUAUAGUACUUGAUUUAAGGGCUGUGCAGGAAAAGAAACAGGCACCAAAAUGGUAUCCUCUACUUAAUAACAAGUACACAAAAUUUAAGUCUGAAAUACAAGUAGGUGUCAUGUUGGAGACUGAUUCAAAAGCACUGAUCCAUGGUUUUAAAGCGAAGGAGGCACCCCCUAGAGAAGGGAAGGCACCUGCCCUUCUUUCUGGACUAGACCCUAAAAGUAUUGUACCUGUCUUGAAUGAAGAAGAGGGCUAUCAUCAAAUUGGACCAGCAGAGUAUUGCAGAGACUACUUUGUCUUGUCUGUAACCAUUGUGUUUGCCACACAGUUGGAACAGUUAGUUCCUAGUACUGUGAAGCUUCCUGAACAACAGCCUGUGUUUUUUUUCUACUACUCGUUACUGGGAAAUGAUGUCACAAAUGAACCUUUCACUGACUUAAUUAAUCCAAACUUUGAGCCAGAAAGAGCUUCGGUUCGAAUACGUAGUACAGCUGAUGUCCUUCAAGUUUACCUUGGUGCACAGUCAAAAUUGCAGAUCCAUCUUUGCUGUGGGGACCAGUCUCUUGGAAGCACUGAAAUACCUCUGUCUGGACUGCUGAAGAAAGGAAAUGUGGAGAUUGAUCAACACCCUGUGGCAAUAGAAGGAGCAUUUGUCCUUGUCCCACCAAAUAGAGCUAAACAGAAACUGCCACAGUUGCCUUUGGAUAUGGCUCCAGCUGUUGGAGUAUCAGUAACUUUGCAAAGGGAGCUAGCCCAGCCUUUGAUGCCCUUAAAUGCUCCAACUGAACCGAAACAACUACAGGAGAAGGUUCUUUCACCUGUUAGUGGAAAAACGGAGGUCCUGCAGCAGAGAUCCCAGAAUGUUGUGCCUCAGGCUGACCCCUCUUCAACAGAAGAAGAAGCAACAGAAAGUGAAGUGGAAAGUCUUAAGUGUGAAAAAGGCACAAUACUAAAGAAGCAGGGGCCGGUGGGUGAGUCCUCACAAGAGGUUAACAAACAGCAUACUGAAGAGCUUCCAGUUUUUACAUCACAGAGCAGAGCAAAGUCACCUUUGUCACAUGUCCAAAAUUCCACUGCUAAUGGUCCUGUAGCUGCAUCUCAACCCAACCCUGUGGGUACAUCCAGUUCUGAGCCUGUGUCAGCACAGAAAAUUGUCAUUCCAGCAGCCUCUCACCAUUUUUGCUUUUCAAUAGACUUACGAAGUAUACGUGGUCUGGAAGUUGGUUUUCCAAUAAAUUGCAUUUUAAGGUACUCGUAUCCAUUUUUUGGCAGUGCAGCCCCUAUUAUGACAAGCCCACCUGUAGAAGUCAGAAAGAACAUGGAAGUCUUUCUUCCACAGUCCUACUGUGCGUUUGACUUUGCAACUAUACCUCAUCAGCUGCAAGAUACAUUCUUCAGAUUACCUCUGCUGGUUGAAUUGUGGCACAAGGAUAAAACGGCUAAAGAUUUACUUCUAGGGGUGGCAAGACUGCAGCUUUCAAACGUUUUGUCUUCAGAAAAAACACGAUUCUUGGGUGGUAAUGGUGAGCAAUGCUGGCGUCAGACUUCUAAUGAAACAGUCAGUGUCACAGCAGCACAAGGGGCAGGCAACAGAAUAGCAGAGCUUUCAUAUGCUAUCACUUUGGAAGACUACGGGCUUGUGAAAAUGCAAGAAGUUCUGGUGUCAGAUUCUUCUCAGUGUGUAGGUGGUGGUCAGCAACGGCAUGUCCCUCACGCUCAGCCUCGUUGUCCUCCAGAAAACCACCCAGAACCUCGAGAAACUCUUGAAUACAAAGCAGCACUGGAGUUAGAAAUGUGGAAGGAAAUGCAAGAGGACAUUUUUGAAAAUCAGCUUAAGAAGAAGGAAACAGUCCAUAUGCAAGCACUUGCAGAAGAAUGGAAGAAAAGAGAUAGAGAGAGAGAAGCAUUAGUGAAGAAAAAGGUAGCAGAGUAUACUGUUUUGGAAGAACAACUUCAGAAAACCCUGAGAGAUCUAGAUAAACGAGAAAGGCAGCUUUUUAGUGCUGAAUCAGAGCUGCAAAGAGUAAAGAAGGAGGUGCAAGCAGAGCAUGAACGAAAUCUGCAGGAGCUACAGGAUUCUGUGCGGCGAGCCAGAGAAGAAUGUUCGCACCAGGUUGAGCUAGAAAGGUCAAAAAUGAAACAGUUGGAAGAAGACAAGCUUCGCUUACAGCAGCAGCUUUAUGAAGCAGAAAAUAAACACAAAAUUUUGGAGAAAGAGUUCCACCAAUACAAAGAACAGCAAAGUAGCAAACCAGAAAUCCAGCUACAAUCAGAAAUAAAUCUUCUUACUUUAGAAAAGGCUGAACUUGAAAGAAAGUUAGAAUCGGCUACCAAGUCAAAGCUCCACUACAAACAACAAUGGACAAGAGCUUUGAAAGAACUUGCAAGGUUAAAACAGCGUGAACAAGAUAAUGCAAUGGCUCACCUUAAAAAACAGCAACAAGAGCUGGAGCACAUGAGGUUACGCUAUCUGGCAGCAGAAGAAAAAGAGCUGGGGAAAACAGACCGACAAGAGCUGGAGGAUAUCAGAAAUGAACUUAACAGGCUAAAGCAACAAGAAGAGGAAAAGCAAUUUCAAGAUGUUAAGGAUAAUUCUGGUGGUAGAGUGGAUGCCCUUCAUUCUACAAAAUUAAAUGAGAACAUGGACGAUUAUCUCUCUCGUCUGAUAGAAGAAAGGGAUACCCUUUUGAGAACAGGCGUAUAUAAUCAUGAAGACCAUAUUGUAAGUGAACUUGAUCGUCAAAUCAGAGAAGCUAUUGCAAAAAGGAACAUCACUAGAUAAACGCCUGCAAAAAGUUAAGAGCCAAAAUUUGAACAGUGAUAUUUAUAAACCUGUACUAGUUUACAAAAUAUGUAAGGUCAUGCUUAGUUUUGCACACUGUUAGCUCUUUUUGAAGUCAGUGUAAAUGUCUGCAAUGUGAAGUUGUGCACAGUUGCAGGUUUUACGGGUACAAUGGCUGUUUUUUAAAUGUUUUUAUACUCAUUUGUAGAUACAGAUAUGUAAAUGUAUUUAUCUUGUGUACUUUCUUCUGAAAGGUUUUCUACCUCUUUUUGCAUCACCCUGUCUAGGUUUAUUUGUAAUUUUUUUACUCAUUCAUUAUAAUGUCUUUCAGUUUUUAAAAAGAUGUCUUCAGAUAUACUAGGGAAAAGUGACAUCCGCUGUUUUCCCUGACAGAACUCUUAGUUCUGAACCGAAGUGCAACACCAACCAAAUACCACUUUUUUACUGAAUCAUAAGGUAAUCAAUUUUUGCUUCUCCAACUGUAGCUAACAUAACUAAGUUCUGGAGUAAAUAGGAGACAAGAAUUUUGUGUGUGUGAAACUCUCCAACCUUAUGAAACUAAAAUCAAUUAUUAAGUAACUAGCCUGAUUGUACAGGAUGAAGAUCCCUUUGUUGCCCUAGCAGUUUUGCACAUAGGCCUAUAAGGUUGAACCCAGGAGUGUAAAGACCUAGUUCAGAAGGAUACAUGCAUUCUUACAUCCAUCCCUAAUAAGGAAAGCACUAAUUCAGUGAGUGUAUACACUUUAAAUUCAGAAUACACAUAAAACAAGAGCUUUUCUAAGUAAAGAUUAUGUCCUUAAUCAAGACCUAAUUACUUUGCAGUUACUUAAUGUAUUUUGUAAGCAUGUUAUCUCAUUACCACUUAAAUUUUAUGUAAGUUUGUUUGAUUGUGAAGGUAUGAACAUGGCAUAGUCUCAAGGUGUUAAAUGCCAGAAGAGAAAUCCACUAGAAAUGUUAAGUUUGUGCAUAUUUACAGUUGAAAAAGUUUUGGUUUCCAGCCUUCAUUCCAUUUCAGUAAUUUUAAAAUUGUUUUUGUGGAUCUAGCUAUUAACAUUACCUUAAAACACUGUUCUUUCAAUAGGCAUUUUUUCUGUCCUGUAGGCACAAAUGUUUCUCUAUUUGAAUGUCAAAUACUAAAAACAUCUUAAGAUUUGUUACUUCUAGAAUGAACAAAUACCAAUGCAAAAAUUCCUUUAUUUUUAUUUUUGCAUAAAAUCAGUGAACUUUCAUAGACAUUGCUGUAUACAUGUGACCUUCCUGUUUUGUAUGGAAUUAAUUAGAAAAUCUUGGGUUUUUUAUAUUUUUUCUGGCUUUGCUUCUAUGUACAUUGUUUUCCUCCUCCUUUCCAUGGGCAUAUCUCCUGUUAAAUAAACUUUGUUUAGACUCCUCAGUAACGUUUUAAACAAGCUGUAUAAACAUAGAGAUCAUUUUCUGUGAAGAAUUAAAACUUAUCAAUACCAGACUUUGUAAGAAAUGCUUUUGUAAUACUUUGCACACUCUACUGUAUUUUUCAAAUUAGUGUUGUUAAAGAGAUCCCUCUGCACUAGCAAAUAACACCUUCAUAAAUCCAAUACAAAUCCAUGAAAAGUAAUUUUACAAGGUGGGUUUUUUGUUUUUGCAUCAUGGAUUUAUCAUAUCACCGAUGCAAGAUCAUAUGCAAUUAUUGUAAAUAAAUCAGGGAGCUUCUAUUUUGACAGGAAGACACUCAUGCUGUUUUUCUUCUAAUGCUUGCUUGCUAGAAGUGUAACUUCUUCUUCAAACGCUGGAGGGUGCCUUAGACUUACAGAUCACAAAGACUGAAUUUUCAUAACUGAUGAUUUUUUUUUUUGAACUAGCAUUCUAUGACUUUUCAGGUGUGUCUUUAAUAAAAUUCAAGUUUUGAGUAUUAA